AUGGUUUGGAAUAUUAUUUCUGUGUGUGUUCUUAUCACACUCGUCUUAGACGGAACGUAUGCUGACCUCCGAGACCAUCUGACUGAGUAUGAGGUACUGGAGUCUGUUACAGUUCAUAGCAUAAAGCGGAGGAGUUCAGAGGAUGGAAUAUAUCGUCGACCAAGCAGACAUGUUAGCUUUUAUGCCAUGAGCAGAAAUUUCACCCUUCAACUUAAGGAAUCUAUUGGAAUAUUCUCCAGUGAUUUUAAGUUCCAAGUGAUUGACUCUGAAGGUCACAUGAGGGAGGACAAAGGACUUGAUAAGUCUAACUUUUACCAUGGAUGGGUAGAUGGUGAAGAUAAAUCAGAUGUGACAGCUUAUUUUGAUGGGGAUGCCAUGACAGCCUCCAUCUUUCUGGACCAUGAUGAAUUAGUGAUAGAACCAAAAUGGAGACAUGAUGGAGCGAAGAAAAUGAAGGGGGAUAACUCUAUGAUUGUAUACAGAACUAAACAUAUGAUUAUGCCUAAACCUAAGGACCAGACACAAGAAGGGGCAUCAUUUUGUGGUGCAAAACAUGCAGAUGGGGCACCGGAUAAUGAGCUUGAUGAAGAUCUUCUUCGUCAAAUGAAGGACAAAGAACUAAAUGAACACCACCGUUCCAAGCGUGCUGCCAGUAGACGUUGUCGACUGAUGGCAGUGGCAGAUUAUAGAUUCUACAGUAUCAUAGGGGGCUCAAACAAAUAUACCACAGCCAACUAUAUAGUUUCUGUGAUAAAUCGAGCCAAUGCUAUUUAUGAAAGAACCAACUUCGGUGGCACAGGGUAUGGUUUUGAGCUGGAACAGUUACGACUCCAUGAGGGUUUCAGUCCUUCAACUGGUUUCCCUUAUAAUGUUGCCACGCCAACAUGGUCAGACAUGACUGGUCUCCUGUCGACAUUCAGUGAAAGUGCAGCGUUUAGAGAAUUUUGUCUGGUACACUUGUUUACCCACCAGGGCCUGAGUAACAUUUAUGGAAUGGGAUACAUUGCUGGUACAUCUCUGUCUGCUGCUGGGGGAAUAUGUUCUCUUUCAUCUAGCAGUGGUGGCAAAACUUACACUUACAACACGGCUGUCACAACCACCAGCGAUGCCAGUGGCAACACCAUCCUCACCAAAAUGUCUCAGCUUGUCACAGCUCACGAAUUCGGUCAUAACUGGGGAAGUCAACAUGAUCAGUCUGGAGACUGUACUCCUUCUUCACUUAUAGGUGAUGGCAAAUAUCUCAUGUAUGCCUACGCUGUCACUGGCCAGGACCCCAACAAUGAUGAUUUUUCACCAUGUAGUAGGACAUACAUCUCCCGUGUCUUGGCUGCCAAAGCCAGCAGCUGUUUCCAAGCUGCUACAACCACCUCACUUUGUGGCAAUGGUAGAAUUGAUAGCAAUGAGGAAUGUGAUGGUGGACUGUUAGGAAAGCUUGGGCUUGAUUCCUGCUGUUCUAAUGAUUGUACUCUUACACAAGGAUCUGUUUGCACUCAGACAAACUAUCCAUGUUGUACAACUUCCUGUCAAAGGGCCGUUACUGCUGACAACCUGAGGUGUGCUGGUGGGGAAAUCGGUAGCUGUCUCAAGGAAACAUUUUGUGAUGGUACCAGCUUAAACUGUCCAACUCAGGCUCCAUUACCGGACGGCACUAGUUGUAUAGAUCAAGGGUCUUGCAGGAAUGGUGAAUGCCUGGCUUACUGUGAAUUCCGUGGAUUGACCUCCUGUGUCUGUAACGACGUCGGAAGUUCCUGUUAUAGAUGCUGUAGAAGCAGUGGAGUGUGUUCCAUAGCCAAUUCCACAUUGGUUCUAGCCAAGGACAGACCCUGUACCUAUGGUUACUGUGAUGGUGCUGGUACCUGUAUCAAAACAGAGCCAGGGUUGGCAGAACGAUUCUUUAGUCUCAUUGACAAGAUCAGUUUUGACUAUCUUGUGGAGGCCUUUAGAACCAAUAUGGUGGCGUUUGUACAAGUAUUUUCUCUACUUGUAUGGGUACCACUCAGCUGUACAUGUUGGUGUUACGAUCGAAGGAGGAGGAAGAAGAGAGAAACUCGGGACGAAUUGACUAUUCGCACAGACCGAAAACUCAUCUAUGAUUUGGAUGGUGAACCAGUCAUCGUGAAAAAACCUGCACUAAGAACUAACCGCAACAUGCGAAACAUGAUACCCAUACCCCCUAUUGGUGGUAUGCGAGCCAUGAGUGCGCGUGCACCGAGUGAAGCUAGUUACUCCUCGCGGAGGCGGAAUCAGGUUCAUCCAACACCUCUAAACAAGCCAAAGAAAAGGCAGUCAUGAAUGAGGAGGAUAAUGCUAAGGAUGACUAAAUGAUCAUUUUUAUCCUGCAAUAAUCCAAAGGGAACAACAAAUUACUUCUUACUCAAUGUCAGGGGGUGGGCUUAUUA